UUCGCCGUUGUUCUUGUGCAGUACUGCUGCAGUUGUGCAUCGUUGUAUCUGUGACCGUUUGCGUGUGAUUUGCUCAACGACACUAUCUAAUCGAAGUUUGAAUUUCGAACUGCCCGCAAACGACACGUCCGAAUACAACUGAUAGAUCUCGGUUUCUGGUAGACUGUUAGUCGUCUGCGGUUAUUGACGUACACUACUGAACACUUAAGAUGAGCUCCCCAGUAGACAGGGAUAGUGACAGCCCCAGUCCAAAUGCUCUUGGUGACUUGCGUUCGUUUAGAUUCUCCAAGAAGCCCAGCUUCAGUCAUGAAGCUGUCGCGUCUGGAUCAUCACUGGUCAUCGAAGAGAGCCCAGUAUUCGUCAGACAGAGAAAGCUUCAAACAAUUAUUCUUUCAUCUGAUGAAGAAGAUAAAGAUAACACUGGAGCUUUCUUGAAUGGAGAUGGAUCUCAUCUCAUCGAAGAACUUGAAUAUGAAGAUACUGCCGGAGCUCAUGAUGUAUCUAGUGAUGACAGUAAUCAUGUACCAAAUAAUAUCAAUGGUUCAAUCAAAUCUUUUGAUAAUUUUGGUCAAAGUACAAGUAAUAGAGUAUCCAUGAAUAAAAUCAAACCUAAUGCUACUUCACCACCACCUGUUGCAAUGCCUGCUAGAAAACGUUUACAACCACAAACCAAAAAAAGAAAACGUAUAAAAACUUCUGAUGGUGACAGUGAUUCUGAUGCUGAAAUUGAUGAUGAAUAUACAGAUGAAAAGAAUUUUGUAAAAGAUAGUACCUCGGAAAUGCGACAAAAAGCUUUGGAGUUGUUAAACACAUCCACUGAAAUAGAAUUGAGAGCAGUGAAAGGAAUGACCAUUAAAAAAUUUGAUGCUAUUGUUGCUCUUCGACCAUUUUCAACUUGGUAUGAUGCUACAUGUAAAGCGAAAAAUUCUCGCUUAAUUGGUGAGCAGACUUUACAAAAUGUGAUGCAUAUGGUCUCUUGCCAAGAAAUUGUUGCUCAGUUAAUGAAGAAAUGUGAGAUAUUAGCAUUGAAAAAUGGACAUUCUAUUACUACCACUAACAUGCUUAUAAAAUCGCAACCAGACAGUUUAAAUAAAGAGUUACAGCUUGCUGGAUAUCAGAUGAUAGGACUCAACUGGCUCAUGUUGAUGAAUUCACAAAAGCUCAAUAUGAUGUUAGCUGAUGAAAUGGGCUUAGGAAAGACUGUGCAAGUAAUUGCAUUCUUAGCCUAUCUCAAAGAGUCUGGUCGCACACAUCCUGAUAUGCCCCAGUUGAUUGUUGUACCUGCUUCAACAUUAGACAACUGGUACCAAGAAUUUAAAAGGUGGUGUCCUACAAUGGCUGUUGAAAAAUAUCAUGGAUCAAUGGAUGAAAGAAGAUACUUACGAACAAAAUGGAUUAGAAAUGGAUUUGGUGAUGUUGAUGUGGUAUUGACUACUUAUAGUUGUGCUGCGAAUUCACCAGAGGAAAAAAAGUUUUUUAAAACCAAAGAAUUCCAUUACAUUGUAUACGAUGAAGCACAUAAGUUAAAGAAUAUGACAUCACAAACUUUUGAAGUUUUCUCUAGUUUCAAUGGAAACUAUAAGAUAUUAUUAACUGGUACACCACUACAAAAUAAUUUAUUAGAGUUAAUGUCAUUGUUAAUAUUUCUUAUGCCAACAUUAUUCCGAGGCAAAGUAGAUAAUAUAAAAUUUUUAUUUUCUAAAGGAACUAAAGGUACUGGUUCAAAAUAUGAAAUGCAUCGUAUUGAACAAGCAAAACGAAUUAUCGAACCAUUCAUGUUGAGACGUUUGAAAGCAGAUGUAUUGAAAUCUCUGCCUGUAAAAACUUUGGUUAUUAAUAAUGUUGUCAUGACUGAACAUCAAAAGACUCGCUACAACACGUUGGUUGAUGAGAUUAAAGAAGCAUCUAUAGGCAAAGAGGUAACAGAUAACAGUCAUAUGAUGUGGUUAAUGAUGUUAAGAAAGUUGACAAAUCAUCCACUUUUAUUAAGAUAUCAUUUUGAGGAUGACAAAUUAUAUAAAAUGGCCAAGUUAUUGGCUUUAGACCCAACGUAUAAACAAAAAAAUGAACAAUACAUUGCAGAGGAUUUAUCAUUUAUGUCUGAUUUUGAUUUACACAAAAUGUGUACCGAACAUAGGUGUCUGAACAAAUUAGGAUAUGACCUUCCAAUUCAAGUGUUUUUAGAUUCGGGAAAAUUCCAAUUAUUAAAUCAAAUUUUGCCCGAUCUCAAAGACAGGGGCCACCGUGUACUCAUAUUCAGUCAGUUCCUACAAAUUUUAGAUUUAUUAGAAAUAUACAUGUCACAUUGUGGCCAUUCUUACCUAAGGCUGGAUGGUUCUACCCAAGUUCAAGAAAGACAGCUAAUGAUUGACUUAUAUAACAUGGAUGAAAGCUUAUUUGCAUUUUUAUUGUCGACUAAAGCUGGUGGACUAGGAAUUAACUUGACAGCUGCCGACACUGUCAUCAUACAUGAUAUUGAUUACAAUCCAUAUAAUGAUAAACAAGCAGAAGAUCGGUGCCACAGAGUAGGACAGACUAAGCCUGUCAAAGUGAUCAAAUUUAUUAGCAAAGAUUCCGUUGAAGAAUCAAUGUUUAAAGUAGCACAAGAUAAAUUAAAUCUUGAACAACAAGUAACAGGAGGAGGAAAUGAUGAUGAAGAGCCUGAUAAGAAAACUAUGGCUCAAUUAUUAAAACAAUCUUUGGGAAUUGAAGAUAUAUCAUCAUGA